UUCUCACUUCAGCACUUCAGUAUGUCUGUUACAAUCUACUACAGCGCUGCCACCGGCUCCAGAGAGGUGAAGCAGCAGCAGAGCGAGAUUUUCCAGUAUCUUGAUGCAAAGAAGAUAAAGUAUUUUGUGAAGGACAUCACACAGAGCCCUGAAAUAAAGACGGAAAUGAGGACGAAGGUGGGGAACCCAUCAGCCAUGCCUCCUCAGAUCUUCAAUGGUGAUAAAUACUGUGGGGACUAUCAAGCAUUCUUCAAUGCAGUGGAGGAAGAAAAGGCAGAGAAAUUUUUUAAGCUGUAAAGGGCAAAAAUGGGAUUAUUUGCUUUAUAGUGCAAUAGAUACACAGGGUCCACGUCUGCC